AAUCUUACUAAAAAAAAAACAACGAAGUCUCAAGUCUUCUCUGCAAAUUUAGUCAUUUCUCAGUCUUCUUCUUACUUUCCAUUUCAGAUCUCUGUUUCUUCACAAAGUAUCAAUCUUUUUUACUCUAUGGCCGGAACUAAAGAUUCUCAUGUAGUGGAGAUUCCCGUAGAUGAAGAGCAUAAAGAGAGACAGCAACAACAGUUGGUAACGGUUUCGAAUCCUGGAAUGGGAAUACUCAAGGUGAUUCAGCAGCAUCCGUUGUCUGAGAUCUCAGAGAGUCCAGGGCAUUUGUUGCUUUUGAAGCUAUGGCAGAGAGAAGAAGAUUUGUUCUGUCGUCGUGUCAUUCUUAAGGAAUCAAGGCUAGAGUCGAUCAAAAGAGAGAUCUUUCAGCUCUGUUGUUUCUUUCUCGUAUUCCACGGGUUCUUCUUCACGCUGGUCUACUCUGCUUCUUGUUCUGAUGAUGAUGACGUGAUGAAAAGAAAUGCCGUUUGCAAGAAAUGGUGGAUACCUUCUGCAGUGUCACUAGCCACUUCGCUGGUUUUGGUGUUUCUUGUUCAGGCUAAGCUGUUUGUGUUCUGGAAAGUUUACAGAGGAGUUCAUAGGGAGAGGAACGAUAACAGAACUCUUACACGGUGUGUUUUGGAGCUGAGGAUGAAAGGGUCGAGCUUUGAUCUGUCCAAGGAGCCAAUGAGUGGGAAGAGGAUGAAGAGUUCGAGCGUUGAGAUCAAAUGGAAACCUGUUACUUGGUUCUCUCAGUAUUUGAUCACUAUUGUUCUUCUUUGCUUUUCAGGAUUGUUCUUCCCCGUCUCAAAGUUCAUCCUCUGCUGAAUUUGACAGAUCAGCCAAACUCUCAAAUGAUUGUUGUUUUUUUCGGAUUCUGCAUUCUUUAUUCAACCUCCAUCGUGGGGAUAAAGCUUUUGGUCCGAUCUUAGCAAAAGCUUGUCAAUGGCCUCUGUAUCAGCUUUGAGAGAGUUGCUGUCAAGACUUUGAGAAUAUCCCCUGGGUGAACAAUCUAUAACAUUUAGCAGUAAUACUCUUAACACAGAUAGAGAAUAUAUGUACCUCGGAAUCAGAAUUCUGAUCUUGAUUAUUAUUUUCAUUUCUUCGUUUACAAUAAAAGAACACAUUUUGUAAAUU